CUAUAAUAUUGUUGUAGGAACGUUGCUGCUGACAGCUGAGUGUUGUAGACAACGAUGGCAACCUCAAUUGUGGAUGUUUCUCACUUCCAUCACACCCCUUUUUAUUGUGAGGAGAAUGUAUACUUGCUUUGCAAGAAGUUGUGCAGUGAUGGAAUAGCAAAUGCUGAGGGAUCUGAUCUUUUUGUUGUUUUCAUUUCCAAUGAAAAGAAACAGAUACCCCUCUGGAAUCAAAAGUCAAGCACAAGAGCAGAUGGGAUUAUUCUCUGGGAUUACCAUGUCAUUUGCAUUCAGAUAAAUCAGGGAGGUGGCCCUCCACUUGUGUGGGAUUUAGAUUCAAGUCUUCCUUUUCCUUCACCUCUGCCUUCAUAUGUGUCCGAAACAAUUCGCCCAUCUUUUCAGCUUUUUUCUGAUUAUAAUAGAUUAUUCAGAGUUGUGCAUGCUCCCAUGUUCCUUCGUUGUUUUGCAUCUGAUAGAAGGCACAUGAAAGAUUCUGAUGGAAACUGGAAUAGAGAACCUCCUCCACAUGAACCCAUAGUUGCUGAAGAUGGAACAGUGCACAACCUGAGUGAAUACGUCAACAUAUCUGUUGCAGAUGCUAUCACAGAUGAUAGUAUUAGUUCUGUCAAAGAUGCAGUUUUUACCCAGAAACAUGGUGUGGUGAUAAAGGAAAAUCAGCUCGAGGAAUUAUUUACUCAGAUAUCUUUACAAUAGCCACAAUCUUUUUGCUAGAUAUACAUAUAUCAAUACUCCCCCAGUUUGUAGAUGUUUAGGUACCAUCCUUUGAUUAAAAGAUGCUGGUUAAAUGUUGUCUGAGUAGUGUUAAAAUGCCUCUUUUGGUGGUGUUUUCUUUGGGAGUGGUGUGCAUGGAAAGCAUAUCUAAGCUCCAUUUUGUUUUUUCAGGAGCAGAACAAAUGUUUUCAGUAACUUUUUUUUUUUAACUCUUCUUUUACCUCUGGUUUAUGACAACUAUAUGGGUGAUGUCAUUUUUAGAACUGGAAUGGAGAAUGCUUUCAUAUAUGAACUGUUACAUUA